AUGCCUGCGGGAGAUUUUUGUGCCACGUCGUGGCGGGUACACCCCACCGCCGCGAUUGCAGCUAGUAAGAUUGCAUCCACGGCGGGCGGGAGAUCGACGGCUGCGAGUGGAAGGAGAUCGACGGCUGGAGCUGCGUCUCGCCUGUCAGCUGUAUCUGCUGAUGGCUCGGCUAUUGUAGCGGAAUCAGAGCCAGAGGGGGAGGGGGGGUCGGCGGGUAAGGGGAAAGAGGAUAAGCGUGCUAAAUCUGAGACAGGGGGAAGUGAGUUGGUGAGUGGAGACGAGGAUGUGGGAGCGCCGUUGAUAGCAGCAGACGCAGCACGCAUUCCAGGAGUAGAGUCGACGCCAGGAAUCCCGGCAUUAGCGGCAGCAGGAUUGGCAGCAGGUGGGGAGGGGGGCGGGUUGGCGUUGGGGGAGUGGGGUUAUGCGGUGGCAGGGAGGGCAGCGCGGGCGGUGGGGGGGGCAGGGCGAGUGGUGGCGGCAGCGCUGCCGCCGGAGUCAGCAGUUCUGCUCACGGCGUGCGUGGUGGGGCUCCUCACUGGCGCCUCUGUGUCGCUCUUCAACGAAGCAGUGCACGCCAUCCGAGACACCGUGUGGCAGGGCGUGCCGCCCGAGGGGGGCUCCACGUGGCUGCGCAGCCAGUCAGUGGCCGCCACGUGGCACCUGCACAUCUUUGUUCCCCUGGCGGGCGGCGUGGUGGUGGGCAUCCUCAACACCGCAAUGGCAGCGGCGGUGACGCUGGGCACGGGCAACAGCUUGGGGCCGGAGGGGCCGAGUGUGGAGAUCGGGGCGAGCGUGGGCAAGGGCGCAGGAAAGGUGGUGCAGGGGGGACGAGAGCGGACCAUUGCUCUUGUUGCUGCUGGCUCCGCUGCUGGUAUCUCUGCUGGUUUCAACGCAGCGGUAGCGGGUUGUUUCUUUGCGCUCGAGUCGGUGUUGCGCUCUUCCGUGUCCUCCGCGCCCGCCUCCCUCACCACGGCCAUGGUGCUGCUCUCCUCGGUGCUCGCCGCUGUCGUCUCACAGCAGAUCCUCGGCUCCGACCCGGCUGUGCAGAUUCCCCUUUAUGAGUUCCGUUCGCCAGCAGAGCUGCCUCUCUACCUGCUGCUCGGCCUGUGCUGUGGGGGGGUGUCCAUCGCGCUCACCCGUUCAGCCCGCCUUGCCACAGACGCCUUUGACCGCCUGCUGCUGCUCUCCCCGCUGCCUCCUGCACUGCUGCCGGCCCUGGGGGGCUUGUCAGUGGGAGUGAUCUCCCUGGCCUACCCCGAGGUGCUCUACUGGGGCUUCCAGAACAUCAACGACCUCCUCGGCUCUAGACCGCUUGCCAGUGGACUUUCUCCUCCAGCUGGUCGCCCUCAAGGUGCUUGCCAUGGCCAUCUGCUGCGGAUCAGGCUUGCCUCACUGCCUCCUCACUGCCUCCUCACUGCCUCCUCACUGCCUCCUCACUGCCUCCUCACUGCCUCCUCACUGCCUCCUCACUGCCUCCUCACUGCCUCCUCACUGCCUCCUCACUGCCUCCUCACUGCCUCCUCACUGCCUCCUCACUGCCUCCUCACUGCCUCCUCACUGCCUCCUCACUGCCUCCUCACUGCCUCCUCACUGCUUCCUCACUGCCUCCUCACUGCCUCCUCACUGCCUCCUCACUGCCUCCUCACUGCCUCCUCACUGCCUCCUCACUGCCUCCUCACUGCCUCCGCACUGCCUCCUCACUGCCUUGUGUUUUUCACCUCCACUCUUUCUCUCCCACCCCCUCAGGUGGACUUCCUCCUGCAGCUAGUCGCCCUCAAGGUGCUUGCCACGGCCAUCUGCCGCGGGUCGGGCCUGGUGGGCGGCUUCUAUGCGCCGUCACUGUUCAUCGGGGCGGCACUGGGGCAGGCGUAUGGGCGGCUGGCGAGUGACGUGCUGGUGGCUGUAGACCCCGAGUACAACCUGCAGUGGAUCCAAGUCGCCGCUCCUCAAGCCUAUGCCAUGCAUGGCGUGGAGCAGCAUGGCAUGGCAACAACAUCAGCAGGAGUGUGGAUGGUCCCACCCACUCUCAUGAAUCAUGCUCCUCUUUGA